UGUCAGUCCGAUCUCGCGAGAGAGGACGGAAGCCUGUGGGAGCCCGUGGCCUUUAAAGUGCGGUUCAGCCCUUUCCUCCAGGGGUAGUUUGUAAACACCGCUGAGCUCGGGCCUCGGUGGCGACCGAAGGAAGCAUGAACUAGUGACCUGGAAAGAUUGGCCUUGCAUAUUUAGAGACGUUCUCACGAACACUGGUCUUGCUCCUUGUCCACUGGCAGGACUUUCUGCUUUCGAAAGCUCCCUUCAGUGGACUACUAAGGCAUCUCUACAAGAUGCUCCAGUUUUUUACUGAGCAUAUGGCAAAAUAAAGAAUGUAUUUCUCAGGUAUAACCAUGUGACUUAAGUUCUGGCAUAUGGAAUGUAAAUAGAAGUUUCCUGUGAGUUGUUGAAAAGUUUCCUUAAGGGAGGCUGUUGCUCAUCUCAUUCUCCUUCCUGCUAUCUGAUCAGCAGAUGUUACGGUUAGACCUUAAGCAGUUAUUUUAAACCAUGAAGUGGACACCACGUGUUAAGGAUGGCAAAACAGCAAAAUAGAAGGAGCCUGGGUUCCUAAUGAUCAUGGUUCCAGACUGCUUGUGCUUUUGUGUGAGAGAAAAAAACUUCUGAAUCAUUUAAGCCAUUGCUAAUUUUGAGUUUUCUGUCACUCAUAGCUGAACCUAAUCCAACUGAUACAGGUAUAAAAAAAAUCAAGCUGUUACCAAAUGAAAACAUAUGAACUGGGUCCCAUUGAUGUUAUGUUGCAGCACUGACACAGGAGAAACUUUUCGUCUCCACUCUAAGAUUCAGCAGAUUCAGCACUGCCAUUUCACCUAUCAUCUAUAACUACCUCUCCCUUCUGUUGUGGUAAAAAGCUUCAUUGUUCCCCUUUCACCAAGACUCCGUUGCUGUACUUCCAUCCUUGAAACUGUUAUACCUCUGGAUAGGUGGCAUUUUGCUGGGCGUUACAGGAGACCAUAGGAUAAACACCUUCCUGGAGCACUGAAACUUUUGAAGGGAACCUUAAUUUUUAUAUCAGAAAAAAAUGGAACAGAAGGCCAACUUUACAUACAUUUUAAAAUAUAAAAUAAAUACUUAACAUUUUUUGUAUCGGAGUUUAACUGCAUGCGUCUGUUUCCUUAGGUAUCACAGAGUAAGGGGUUCACUCUCUUCUGCCUCUCCUUUGCCCUAGGGAUACAUAGAUGGAAACUUGAGAAGUACUGCUUACUUAAUUAGAGCUGAAGGAUUCCUGGCAGCAGAGCAAAUAAAGCUCAUGGCCCACCAGCUAGAAAGUAUCCUUGCCAUGAAAAAGAGGACGUGAUAAGUUGUUCAACUUAUGAAAUUCAAGUUACAUGUGAAUUCUGCCAGGCAUUACAAGGACCUGUGGAAUAUGAGUGAUGACAAACCCUUUCUAUGCACUGCCCCUGGAUGUGGCCAGCGUUUUACCAACGAGGAUCAUUUGGCUGUCCAUAAACAUAAACAUGAGAUGACACUGAAAUUUGGUCCAGCACGUAAUGACAGUGUCAUUGUGGCUGAUCAGACCCCAACACCAACAAGAUUCUUGAAAAACUGUGAAGAAGUGGGUUUGUUUAAUGAAUUGGCAAGUCCAUUUGAGAAUGAAUUCAAGAAAGCCUCAGAAGACGACAUUAAAAAAAUGCCUCUAGAUUUAUCCCCUCUUGCAACACCCAUUAUAAGAAGCAAAAUUGAGGAGCCCUCUGUUGUAGAAACAACUCACCAAGAUAGUCCUUUACCUCACCCAGAAUCUACUACCAGUGAUGAAAAGGAGGUACCAUUGGCACAAACUGCACAGCCCACAUCAGCUAUCGUUCGUCCAGCAUCAUUACAGGUUCCCAACGUGCUGCUUACAAGUUCUGACUCCAGUGUAAUUAUUCAGCAAGCAGUACCUUCACCAACCUCAAGUACUGUGAUCACCCAGGCACCAUCCUCCAACAGGCCAAUCGUUCCUGUACCGGGCCCAUUUCCUCUUCUGUUGCAUCUUCCUAAUGGACAGACCAUGCCUGUUGCUAUUCCCGCAUCAAUUACAAGUUCUAAUGUGCAUGUUCCAGCUGCAGUCCCGCUUGUUCGGCCAGUCACCAUGGUGCCUAGUGUUCCAGGAAUUCCAGGUCCUUCCUCCCCUCAACCAGUACAGUCAGAAGCAAAAAUGAGAUUAAAAGCUGCUUUGACCCAGCAACAUCCUCCAGUUACCAAUGGUGAUACUGUCAAAGGUCAUGGUAGUGGAUUGGUUAGAACUCAGUCAGAGGAAUCUCGACCACAGUCCCUACAACAGCCAGCCACAUCCACUACAGAAACUCCGGCUUCUCCAGCUCACACAACUCCACAGACCCAAAAUACAAGCGGUCGUCGAAGAAGAGCAGCUAAUGAAGAUCCUGAUGAAAAAAGGAGGAAAUUUCUAGAGCGAAAUAGAGCAGCAGCAUCAAGAUGCCGACAAAAAAGGAAAGUCUGGGUUCAGUCUUUAGAGAAGAAAGCAGAAGACUUGAGUUCAUUAAAUGGUCAACUGCAGAGUGAAGUCACCCUGCUGAGAAAUGAAGUGGCACAGCUGAAACAGCUUCUUCUGGCUCAUAAAGAUUGCCCUGUAACCGCCAUGCAGAAGAAAUCUGGCUAUCAUACUGCUGAUAAAGACGAUAGUUCAGAAGACCUGUCAGUGCCAAGCAGCCCGCACCCUGAAGCUAUACAGCAUAGUUCUGUCAGCACAUCCAAUGGAGUCAGUUCAACCUCCAAGGCCGAAGCUGUGGCCACCUCAGUCCUCACACAGAUGGCGGACCAGAGUACAGAGCCCGCGCUGUCGCAGAUUGUUAUGGCUCCUGCCUCCCAGUCACAGCCCUCAGGAAGUUGAUUAAAAACCUGCAGUGCGGCAGUUUUAGAUACUCAUUAGUGACUUCAAAGGGAAAUCAAGGAAAGACCGGUUUCCGUUGAUGCGAAAUCUGUGGUUGUAAAUUUUUUUUUUUUACUUGAAAUUAAAUUUGGCUCUAAAGUUGGUGUAGCGGCAGUUGAUGAUCAGCCUGAACAACAGUUUUUAGUCUCUGGAAAAAGACUGAUUUUGCUUUUUUUAUAAAUAUUGUUAGAUUUAUUAAUUUUCUGUGCUCAAUGUGUAAAUUGUAUUAUAAUUCAUUGUGGUUUAUUUCACUUUUAAUUUGGUGGUGUUUUAAUAAAUGGGGGUGUUACUGAGUCUCUUCCCACUUCCAUUUCUUUUGACCACCUCUUACCCUCAACUGUGAUGGUAGUAUUGUCAUAUCAUUUAUACCAAAGUUCUGCAUCGUCCCUGUUGACUUUGUAAUGUUAACAAGGUCAUAAAGCACUAGCAAGAGAAAGAUAGAAAUUUGCUUUUAAUCUUUUUGCCUUUUAUUUUGCACAUUAUGCAAAAGGAAGAACAUUAGAGAACACUUUUUAAGUGAGUGAAACGUGGUAAAAGACAAACAGUGCUUUUAUGCACCCUCAAACUAAAUCAAGGUCAUUCGUCGUGCGUUUUCUUUAAGAUUUUAAGUAGACAGGAAUUUUGGAAUCCUCCAACAUUUCAAAAGGACUAUUUUUCAAGUCUUAAAUUCAGUAUUUUAAAUCCUAUUGUUUUGAGGCUAAUAAAACAUGAAAUUAUAUCAUCUAUGAUACAGGGUUAUCAGAUAGCUAAUAAUUUUUUGAAAUUAGGUUUUGGGUUUUUUUGCAGAUUUCAGGUUACAAACUGAGAAGUUUAUGCAUAAUCAAGUAUGGUGUGGUUGCCAGAAAAAGCCUAAAAAUUACUUAGAAAAUUUAAGGCUGUUUGCCCCCAUUGUCUUGUACUUGCAAGCUAACUUGUACUUAUUCUUGUGAAAGCACUGUCAUCUUUUAGUAGCAAAUUUUGAUAAUGUUUCUCGUGGGAAAAAAAAUCAGUAUCUAUCUUUAGAACAUUGUAAUUACAAUGUGGGAAGCAAGAGUGCGUGUGUGUGUGUGAGAGAGAGAGAGUGUGUGUGUGUGUGUGUGUGUGUAUGUGUGUUAUGUGUGUAUGUUUCUUUCAAUAGUUUAUGCCAGCAGUCUUUGCUUGAAUGUUUAACGAUGCCUUCGGUGUGAUGCUGGCCGAUAGAUGAUUGCAAUUUAAAAUGUCAUUACUGUGCAGGCUUGGAUAACUAACAUUCCAUGAUGUAGUUUGUUUCUGAGGAGAUGAUUGUAGGUACACUUUUCUCAUUAUCCAAUCAUCCGUGGGAUACUGAGUUUUCUAAUGUGCCAUUAUCUAUUUUUAUUCUCCAGUUAUGUUCAAGAUACAGUACAAUAUUUUAAAAUAGACUAAAUUGUGAAAAAUAAAGUAGUAGACGUGUGUAAGAAAACUUUGUAAAAUAGUUACGAGUCCUACCCAGUAGCAACUUCUGGCAUUCAAGCAGGAUUCCAUUAUGUAAAUAUCUGUAACGCAUUUAUAAUAAGCUGUGUAGUCUGUUCUGCAUCUAUACUACACUAUUUACGAAUGUCUCGGUGCCAUCUCCUAACGAGACUGACCUUUUAAAAACCUAUGUCGAAUAUCCUUGGUAAUUCAAGGAACUAUCCCACCUGCCUAAGUUCCAAACUGGGAAACAUUCAAAUUAUACAAAUGACAUUUCAGGACUUUUAAGUAUGAAGAUAAUAGGAUUUUUAUUGUUUGGCUUAUCAAGAGUGAGCGUUUUUAGUUGAUAAUUCUACUUCUAAAUUUUUUUUUAUUUUUAACUGAUUUUGUAAUUUAAAGCAAUGAAUUUCUGAUCAUGAUUUUCUCAUAGUUACGCUAAGGAGUUGAUCUCAAAGGCACAAAAUAUGAAUUCUGCAAGAAGGCAAUUUUUUAUUGUAAGUUUGGAUGGGUUAGGAAAAGCCUCAACUUUUCACUCUCCUAAGUCCUUCCGUACAUUUUUCUUUCAUUUUAUUAUUUAUGCAAGUUAAAGUUUUUGGUAACAGGAAUUCUUGCAACUGUAAAAUAAAACUACAUAGAUGUAAGAAGUCAUGUAAACGGUUAAUGAACUUACCAAGGUUAGCAAAACUUUCAUUGUAAAUCAGUCUGUGCUCAGCAAAUGAAAAUCAUUCUUAGUUGUAUAAACACAAAUUCCAUUUUGACUUUCAGGAUGUCGCACUACUUCUGUACCUAGCAUUUUGAGUCCUUACAUUUGCAAUGUUACACAAACUGUACUACUUUCUUUUAUGUGCAGUUUGCAUGAGUAAACCAUCAGAGAAUAAAUUCUAUCUUUAAAUUAUGUUCAUAA